GACAUCACGGAGAGGACCGCUCAACCAUCCAGCAUGCCAGAGGCCUCGGAGCUAGUGCGGCGCUACCUGCAGCCCUACGUCCUCUCCAAGACAAGGCCCGCCACGUCCCAGGAGGUUGCCGACCAGCUGUGUGUGAGCCCCACUGCGGUGAGGGACGAGCUCAUCCCCCGAUUCGGAGCCCGGACCAGGACCUCCGCGCGGGUCUACGCGAGGCCGUCGCCGCGCCAAAUCAUGACGCUUGUCGUGUCGGCGUAG